GUUGCUUAAAGUCCGGCUGGGUUAUUGAAUACACAAAGUUUCCGUAGUUUUUUUUAGUGAACUUUUCCGGGGAUUUUCUAACAAAAUCAAGACAUUUCCCAUCGCACUAGCAAUGUCAAACGCUGCACCUGUUGAUGUGCAAUGGAAGCAUCCGGAUGAAUUGAUGAAAAUCCUCCGUUUGAAGCAGAAACAGAAAGCUCUGCAAGCACGCCUCAAGAAGCAAGAAGUUGACCAGCAGCAAAUUCAAUCACAGGAUUUGCGUGCCCAGGACAAGAGGAAGAAUCCCUUUGUUGUAUCCACUCAAAAUCUCGCUAAAAAGUCAAAGAAUGAAGUUCUCGGGACGGAUGAUACAUUGUUCCAGCUCCUACAGAAUUCCACCACCACAUCCCGUGCUCCGGAUGUAAAUUUAGAGGCACCAAUUGAGAGGAAUCAUCCUCUGGCCAAUGUCUUCCUCAGGUGUGAGCAGGAUGUGGAGGAGACGCAGGAGAAAUUCUACAAUUUCCUCCCAAUUGAUUGGAGUAUAAAGUCCCGAUUGCGUCUCCUCACGCCCCAACCAAUUGUGGCGGGGAAUCUCAAGACGAGCCAGGAAGCCAGUGGUCUGACGUCAUUUAUUCGUGGUAUUGACCCAUCAACCACAUCAACGGGAUUAGAUAUCUCUCCUGGAGCUCUAUUUCAUCAAUCUACGCUCUAUUGGCAACAUCCGCACUUGCCAUGGCUCACCCUGUACCCCCGGACAGCACGCCAGGAAGCUACAUGCCAUCCCCUUGGGAGUGCGGAGAUUGACGCCCUUUCCCGACAGUGGACUGAAAGCUUCCGAUCACUUUUUCAACUUCUACGAGCUCGACAAUGCCCGUACUUUUACGUUUGUGCCAAUUCCUUCACAGUACUCUUUCGAGCUGCUGGAAUUGGGGGUUGUCCGGAGAUUCAUGCUAUUCUGGCUCCUUCUUCGCGUGGCAUGAGGGCUGCCCUGCGUCAGGAGGACAUUGAAUUCCGACAACCACUGAAGAGUAAAGCCAAUGAGACGCCGGAAAAGGCAGCCAAUGCCGAGACUUCGGUCACUGAAGGAUUUGACGAGUCCUGCCAGGCGAUUAAGGAGGAGGAGGAAGCCUCUGAUGAUGAUAUGGAAGAGGAGGAAUGGCUUGAAAGUUUAGGCGUUGAUGCCAGUGAGAUAAAGAAGAUAAGUUUGCGUAGCGCUCAGCGGCAGCAGAAAAAGGAGUGCGAGAGUGAUUUUGGGGAUCAUUCGGCGCUUUUCAUUGAGGGAGCUGAGUGUGCAGCUCUCUUCAAUUACCUGCUAAAUUCGAAGAGUAUCGUGACAAAUGUGGGACGUUUAGCGGGAAUCCCGCCAACACUCUUCUCUCCAGUUGCCUUUCUCUGGGCUACUUUGAGGAAUUUGCAGGUACGCACCAGUAAGGUCCGCUUGGAGGAAACAAACUAUCACAGCGUGGAACUGAAGGGGGUCCUCCUGCCACAUGUUCUUCCCUACCUCAGCAACUUCCUCCACAAUGCAACCACCGACAAUUUUAGCGCCACAAUGGGCAACAACCUCAACACAUUGGCCUUUACCAAAGUCUCUCAAGCCCUUAUAGAUGAUAUUCUCGAGGAUAAGGACAAAAAGCAACUUUCUGAUCAAGUUUUUGGCAGGGAGAAUCUCUCAGACAGUGGCCUCUCUGCCAGCAUACUCGAGGCCAUGUGCCGUGUUGACAGAGAUGCCGUUAAAGCCAUGGAAAGGAUGAGUUUCAAUCGAGAGAGCUCCUCUUUUACCAUUUCCUGACUUUCAAUAAAACACUUCAUCCUCUGACUCAAUUGUAAUUUAAUAGAAAAUUCAUUAAAAGCAAAAGGAAAGUACCUUGA